GAUACACACUGCACAGUCUGUAUCUUAUUAGAUGCAGCGCAUGCGCAGUGCUGGUGCAGUGCACCUUGCGACGUGCCUGUUAACGUAUAUGGACAUGUCAUGGCGGGAUUAGUACAGCCACAACUGGCAAAAAAUCGGAUUCUCAGAAGUCAAACCAGACAGACAGUUCCAGAUAUUUUUAGUGAAGUUGAUCCUGAAGGAUUUACAGUGAAACAGCUGCCUGACAAAGGUAGAGCAGUCUUUACCACCAAAACGUUUGAAGAGGGAGAAUUCCUUUUGUGGUACAGAGGAGAUCUGGUAACCAGAGAUGUGGGGGAAAGAAGAGAUGCAGACUGUGAAACUUGCUUCAGAUACUUUUUCACAUGGAAAGGGACGAAAUGGUGUAGGGAUGCAUCAGUCGAACCAACUAAACAACAACUGGGACGACUCGUCAACCAUGGUUGGAGGGGUGAAGUCAACAGCAGAAUGAAGAUUAGAGAGAACCCUCACAAUGAACCAGAACUGGUUCUCUUCUCAUUGAAGAAAAUCAAAGAAGGUGAAGAAGUGUUAUAUGAUUAUGGGGUGGGAGAUAAUUUUGUAUUCCCAAGUCCUACUCAAUUACACAGUGGAGUCCAAGAUGAAAAACCUGAAAUUCUGCAAAAUUCUGCAAACCUCCCACCAGACCCAGAAAAAGUUUGUUCACCAUUCUACGAGCCUGCCACACAAGAACUACUGGAACCAGAUGGAAACUUUUCACAGUCCAAUAAACCCCCCUAA